AUGACAAAGCUUCGUGGGCAUGCCUUUGUGGCCUUGGUCCUCCUCCUACUCGCAGCUUCGUUCCGUUGGUCACCGAUGAGGCUACUACAUGUAUCAUCGAGAUCUUUGGCACCUGCUGAUGCCACCACCGGCAGAGAAUUGCUCACCAUUCAUCGGGGCAACCACGAGCUUCAGGGAAAGAUUGUAGUCUUUCUAGACAUUGAUGGUGUGAUUGCACCGUAUGGCCUCGACCCAAUGGAUGAUGAUGCCGAUGAUGACGCAUCCCACUUUUUCUACGACGACCAAGAUAGUAAUCUAGCCAAGCUUCAAAGUCAUAACUGCUGGCGCGAUUUUACCAACGAAACCAUGGACGCCUUCUCUAAGAUUCUUUCGGCGUUCCCUCACUCAGAGCUACGCGUCAUUCUCUCCUCGUAUUGGCGUAUUCAUAACGUUUGUCGUGGGGCCAUCUUGCAAAAAUUUCGUGACUAUGGCAGCCUCCACGGAGGUCCAUUACGACAAUUUGACUACUUUGAUGACCGUACCGGUGACGAAAUGGAAAGCCGACAAGCUGAAAUCGCGCAGUGGCUGCUCAAGUUCAAUCCAGAUAAUGAUGUCCUUGCUGCCUGGGUUGUGCUCGACGACUCAGAGUGCCUUCGUGGGAGAGAAAACAAGCAAUAUCGUGACAUGUUCGUGGGUCGUGUUGUCAAGCCCUUUGAAGAUGUUGGCCUCACAGACAAGGAUGCGGACAAAGCGAUUCAAAUAUUGAACGAGCAGCUUGGAGCAUCCUAA